AUGGGUUUAGAUAGCUACCUAAUCGAUGCCAGUUCAAGUUUAAUUCAAAAAACUCAAGGUAACUUAAGAAAUAUGAUCGAUGCAAGAUUUAUUGGUAGAGCAACUGGUUUGUAUGUUGAUAUAACUGCAAUCCCUAAAUCUCACAAGGGAAAUGUAUUUGUUAAUGAAACUAAUGAAAAAUAA